AUGUGCAAAUAUCUUCCGAGAACGACGGAUUAUGCACUAGUUAAUGUUGCUGAGUUACAGAUGCCGUGGUUUAAAUCAAAAGGGUCUAAUCCAGUUAUGACAGUAUAUAAUAGUUAUAGCUAUACGGAAGAUAUAAAAUAUGAGGCUAGGUUACUCAAGCUUCCAUUGGAUUAUGGAAGUUUUAAACUGGUGAUUCUUGUACCAACUGAAAAAGGCACGGUUUGCGGUCUGUUCCAAAGACUGGUUGAAAAUGGUGUUAGCUCUGCACUCCAGUCCAUUCAACCACUGUUUACCGUAAUAUCUGAUUUGAAAUCUCCAAACAUUAAUUUUUAUGAAGAAAAUGAAUUUAUGUUAGAGAAAAGUGAGAAAGAGGAGCCAUGCCAAGGACUAAGUAUAGGUAGUGUCAAUAUACAUGACGAAGGAGUUCUAUUAAAAUGUCUAACAUGUAUACAUUCCCAAGGCAGCAGCCAACCCGAUACUCAGUCAUGUGCUAGUUUUGCACACACACAAAGAUUUUUAUUCACAAUCAUGUAUAACGAUUUCGCAAUGUUUACUGGACAGUAUGUGUCUCAUUAA